UCUCCCGGAUGGAUCGCUCCGCUGAGCCCGGCCAGCCCGAGCGCUAGCUGACACUGUGGGGUUGCUCGCACCGCUUGCUCUCCUCCUGUUGGAUGUCAGACGGACGUAGCCUGAAGUCAAAGCUUUCAAAACAAACAAACAAACAAACAUACACGACGCUAUUUAUUUCCCACCGCGUCUUUCGGAUAGGAAGCGACCCGCUUCCCCUCACCAUGGCUUCCAACUUCAACGACAUAGUGAAGCAGGGGUACGUGAGGAUACGGAGUAAGAAACUGGGGAUCUUCCGGAGGUGUUGGCUGGUGUUUAAAAAGGCUUCUAGUAAAGGACCCAGGAGGCUAGAAAAGUAUCCCGAUGAAAAGGCAGCCUACUUUAGAAGUUUCCACAAGAUCACUGAGCUCCAUAACAUCAAGAACAUCACGCGGAUGCCACGGGAGACAAAGAAGCACGCCGUCGCCAUCAUCUUCUGCGAUGACACAUCCAAGACGUUUGCCUGCGAAUCAGAGCUGGACGCCGAGGAAUGGUGCAAGCUGCUGUGCGUGGAGUGCCUGGGUACCCGUCUCAACGACAUCAGCCUCGGAGAGCCGGACCUGUUAGCAGCAGGAGUACAGCGGGAGCAGAACGAGCGCUUCAACGUGUACCUCAUGCCCACGCCAAACCUGGACAUCUACGGGGAGUGCACCAUGCAGAUCACCCACGAAAACAUCUACCUGUGGGACAUUCACAAUGCCCGCCUCAAGCUCGUCAUGUGGCCCCUCAGCUCCCUGCGCAGAUACGGCCGGGACUCCACCUGGUUCACGUUUGAGUCCGGAAGGAUGUGUGACACAGGAGAGGGUUUGUUUACGUUCCAGACCCGGGAGGGCGAGAUGAUCUACCAGCGGGUCCACUCGGCCACGCUGGCCAUCGCCCAGCAGCAUGAGAGGAUGAUAGAGGAGAUGGAAAAGAGCUCCCAGUUUCACUCCAGAGAGACGCUAACCAAGUCCAUCUCCCUGCCACGCAGUGCCUACUGGCAGCACAUCACGCGCCAAGCCAGUGUGGGGGAUCUCUACAGUUACCAAGGGAGUGGUGGAGAGGAAAGACUAACAGACAGAGGAGCAGGGCUGUCAAAGACCUUUAUCCCCCGGGCACAGACGUUCCCCAGCUUUCUGUCUGAGCAGGAGGAGAGGAGUCACCGCCACCAAGAAGAGGCGCCGUCGCCAUCUAGUGGCUGCGAAUCCAGUUGCAGCCUCGGACCGCUUCAAUGACAGGGAGCAGCUUCAGCAGCUGUGGACACUCAACCCGUCACUGUAGAGAGGAUUCAGCAAUCUGUAUAGUGAUACGUGUAAUAUACCUAUAGAAGCUGUAGAAGGAUCCUCCUGGAGGAUUGUGAAUUGCGACUGCAGAGUUAGCUUCUAAAAGUGCACCAAAAAUCCUCUAUGUGUUAUUUAAAGUGUUUCUCGUCGCCAUUGUUCUGUUUAACUCUGCAUGACUUUCUACUUUAUUUUAUUAUUUUUUUAAGGCAAAGCACUUGGAGAAAAGUUAAAGGCACUAUUACCUAAAUAUCUGCUGUAAAACAGCUUUAAGAAACUUUUUUGUCUGAAGUUGAUGAAAUAACAUCAGGCGUAAUCCGGCAAGGUGCUGCCUCAGCAGCCAGUUCAAGAGAAACUCCACUAGUUUUGACACAAAUCCCUCCCUCGCCUACCCACCGCUCCCCCCGUCUGCUUUGUCGCGAGAAUGUGAAAUCGAUCAAUGCCUCACACAACAAAACAGCUUGAUGUCCAUGGCAGCGAUGAAUCAGCUAAACUUUUCUAAUCAGCUUCAACCAGCAAAAAAAAAAAAAGUCAUUCAUAAAUGGGUUGGGGCGGACCGUCGUGUCAGAGAUGAUGAAAAGCGCAGCCCUCCUGCAGCCUCUGCUUUAAGCUGCUGGCAUUACUCUUCACUACAGCAAAUUGACUUUAAUAGCAUCUGAGCUCUUCUGAAGCUCUGUCUGUCAGAAGUUACUGAUAAGCCGUUCAUUAGCAGAAAGGUGUUAAAAAAAGGGUCACCCGAUGGGAUGAUGGGUUAUGCAAACCAGAGAUAAAAUUCAUAUUUGGGGUCCAUAAUAAGCUAAGAGAAUGUUUCUUGAGGAGGAAAACAUGACAUCAGGCAUUCAGGGAAAGUUGUUUUUGAUGUUUUUGUGUCUGUGAAAGAAAUAUUUGUGAUUCGGCACAACCGCAAAUAUAAGCCUUUCCAGGGUUCCAACUGGUGAAGCAUGGAGUUAGUUUUUAUCACUUCUAAAUGUUUACAUUUCCAGGACCUUUUCAUUAUUCCGUUGUCAAAAGCUUUUCAUCCUGCAUACAAAAAUUGAUGUGCAGCAGAAAAAUUAACAUUGAACCCUGAAUUUACCACUCUCUAAUGUGAAACGAGAUGGUAGCAGCAUCAUACCGUUGGGAUUCCUUCACAAUUUCGAUCCUAUUCCCAAUAAAAUACAUAAAAGUUUAUUGUAGCAAUGUGAGAAAUUGUGAGCUUGGCUGUUCUGGACUAUCUGAGACCAAGAUUUUAAACAAAUAUCAAGUCAAGUUUUACUAAAAUGCAGAAUAGAAUCCCCACUUCUUAUGUUUUAUUUUUUUAAUCAUGAUUUGUAGAACAUAAAACUCAGAUAAGCAGAUGCAUACCUCUCCAAUGAGCACAUCGUAAUAAAGAUAGCAAAAAAAAAACUUUUUACUCACUCAAUUAACCAACUCCUCUACUAGAAAUUACACUGAGUAAUCUGCAGUUUCAUUGUCCUACUCUGUUUUGCUCGUAUUUCCUGCCUUUCUCACCAUCAUUACUGUCAAACAAACUCCUAAAAUGGUUAAAAUAGUUUAGAGAACAUCAUUGAUCCAAGAAUUAAGUGACAGAAAGGCAGGACAGAGACAGAAAGCCUCAAUUACGAAUCCAUCUGUUCCUGCAGCUCUUCUGACAGUGCGGCGGUAUAAACAAUACUUGGUAGGCUUCUGGUGUUUUGGUGUCUUGGAUCAUUCAUUUCAACUUGCACAAUAUGUAUGUCAAACAGAGAAUCAGUCAGCCAGACUUUUUUGUGCCCACGGUCUCUGCUAACAAGAGGUCAUUGAAGGAGAAACGGUAGGUUAACAAGGCAGCGCUGCAUUUUACUAACAAGAUACAUUUCCUCUUCCCAGUGUUUAUAGAAAAAAAAAUGAUUUAAUGAUUCUUAAAAGUGAGCCUAAUGCAAAGUACAUUAAAUGGGAACUUUCUAUUGUAAAAGAAAUACCUGGUCUAUUGUAAUAUGCCCCUUUCUAUUUUCUUGUUGAGUUUAAACACUAAGGGUGUAAAGUAGAGACUAAUGUACGUUCCGCUGAUCUAAACAUAGCAACAACUCUUAAUGAGGAGCCCCUUUGUUAACUACAAGGUACUAAAGGAGUGAAAAAUGGUUCAAAGAAAGAUACAAUAAGUCCGAGUUGUUUAUUGGUUUUGCAAACUCCCCAGAUGUGGUUUAAUGGCAUCUGUGGAGAACGGUUUAGGUUCAAUACUCAUAGUGUGCACCUAUUGGCUAAUUACUACUGUAAUGUUUGGAUAUAUGAGGCUUUCAUAUAUCCAAACUGACAUAUAUAUAUAUAUGAGUGCCCCAUACAGAUUAGGCUCUGAGAUAAUAUGCACUAACCAUACUAGGGCUCACAAUAGCUUACCUUGAUUUAUGAAACAAACCCAGAUUUGUAAAAUCAGUUAGCUAUUUCGUAUAGCUCAUAGCUGGGGGGAAAAAAUUGCCUGUCACCACUAUUUCUCAUAUUGGUUAUCUUUGCAGUACAAGGGCCUCUAAAGAGGCUCAUAAGGAAGCUAAAUUUUGCUCUAUUAUGUUCUCAUUGCCAAGCUCUACUGUAUUGUGAGUUCGAUAGCUCAGAAACAGAUAUGGUAUUAAUCUCCUUUUAACAAUACAUUGCCUAAAACUUUGCUAAGCUAUUUUAAAACGGUGAAUUGAAGUAUCUCAUGUGUUAGUAACAGAAUGAGCGAGAGAAGGAAUGUUAGCAGUGUAGUUAAAAUAUGGGAAUAAUACUAAAUCCUUAUUCUGUUGAAUGAAUCAAAUAUAUUUUUUCAAAACACACAACUCUACAUGAUAAAGACUAGUGCCUUCAGAUGCUGACCACGGAUGGUGACAGCCAACCAAAGCAGACACUGGACUCUCUAAGUUAGCCAUUGUUACCUUAGUUUGUGAUUUACUUUAAAAACUAAACAACUUAAGAAGAGUUUUGGAAAUAUUCUCGACCAUGUGCCAUGAGACUAGGACUACAUUUUCGACUGUACUGUCCACCAUCACCAGAGAUUAGGUAUGGGCUGGUAUGAGAUUCUCAUGAUGAUCUUAAAAUAUUAAUUAUCUACGGUAGUCACUGUGGAAAAAAAAAAAUGUUUUACCCAAAUUAACUGAUCAUAUUUAAAAAAAGCAAGGCAACUCUAGCUUAGUAACCUUAAAGUGAAGGCUGACUUUUACAUCUGGACGAUAAAUUAUUCUCUCAUCAGAAAUAUUUUUUAAAAGAAUUCAAGCAUGAGCAAAAAACAUUUCAGCUUCAGUUUAGCCAGAUGUCCUAGUGUACAGGACUGAGUGGGGGAAAGGCAACCCUGAUUUAGCCUCAGAAAACUCCAAUCACUCCCAAAGAUUUUCCUGGCUUCUUAAGAAAAAACAGGAAUGGUAGGCUAUGGCGAGACAUUUUGGACUCUGGUACCUGGCCCAUGCCUAUAUUUAGUGCAGAGAUUGAAGGUUUUUCUCCUGUUUUGCACAGUUAAGGGGGAAAAACAAAAUGGUUUUCAUUGACAAUCAAAUGUAGGCUGCCAAGCAGUUUUCUUCACGUUUGAGUCCUUUUGUUGUUGAUGUUGUCGUGCCACCGCUUCAUGCCCACUAAUUCACUCCUAUACCCAAUUAGUUGGAAAGUUACAAGCACAUUUUGUCUUAAGAUACUUUUGUUUUUUUUUAAAUGUUGAUUUAUUUAUGCUUUAACAAGCAUUUCACUUUAGAAAGACAUAUGUUGAAACGUUGGGUCACAGUAGUGCCCUAGUUGUCUUGUUUUAGUUGCAGUGUGGUGAAAUGUAUGUGGAAUAGUCCCUUUCUGUUUGGGGUUGCACUCACUGAAUCCCCUGGAUAAAAGCUACAGCUGAUUCUGCUCAUUUGCCAUUUUUUUUGUCGUUUCCUGUAUUCAUUUGUUUGCAGAGAUGUCGUUAUGUUUUGUGUUCCCUAACUUUCUAUGUUAAUAGCACUUUGAAUAAACUGGUUAGGACUGCA